UCCACCUCUGCUAUUGCAGGUCACUAAGUUACACCAUCCCAUUCAGAUGACUGUCCAGAUGCUUUCUGAAUGCCUCUAGUGAGGCAGAGUGCACAACUUCCUUAGGUAAUAGGUUUCCCAGGUUUCUAUAGAGUAUUCCAUUCCAGCAUGUCCCUUCUUCCUGGUCAUAAGGCCUAAAAUCUUGCUUUUUGAAGGAAGAAAGGAAGGAAAGUUGAAAUUCUUAGAAAGCUGAACAGAGAGGUUGAUAGCACACUGAACAGUUUUUCUGCACUUCUGUGGAACUGUGGCUUAUACAUAGCCCUGAACAGAGAGCAACAGAGAGCUGCCUAGAGUCCCAGUCACUAGAAAUAGGCAGGGUAUAAAUAUAAAUAUAAUGGUGACCAUCUUCAGACCUUUUUGACUCCUGUGAUUUUGCCAAAUUUAUUUGCCUAACUAUAGCUGAAAUUAGUUGAUGUGUGCUCCCUGUGAAGUCAGGAGCAAUUGAAUGUCAGGGGUUAAGGGCCAGUUGCUGUAUUAAUCUUCUCUUUUUGCAUCUUUAGUUCUUAAGCGAGCAAAAACACAAACUGACGGAAGUUGCAAGCUAGAAGGCAACUAUGACACAGAGGACGCGAUGUGGGAAUGCCAUAUUUUCACAUUUUUUGGUGUCAGAACGUCAUCUGAUUGUGGAUAUUGUGAGAGGAAGUAAAAAAAUGAGCCACAUGGAGGAGAACUUUAGCCCUGAGGAGGCUAGAUCACAACUUGUGACCAAAAGGAAGCUCCUUAAGAUGUUGAGCUUAAGUCCUGGGCACAGCCAAGCACGUGGCACAGAAGUACGGGAGAAGAAGAUCCCUUCCAUGACGUGGCCAGUGAAACCAGUGCAUACCAUCAAGAAGCGCAAAGCCUUUUUGGUCCACCGGGGUACCCAGACAGAAGAGAUCCCUGAUAUCUGCAUUGAAUGUGGCAAAGUCUUCAUCCAGAACUCAAGCCUGAUCAACCCAUGGCCAGUCCAGCCUGACGAUAAACCACACAAAUGCUCUGAGUGUGGAAAAAGCUUUUCUGUCCGUUCCAGCCUGAAUAGACACCAGAGAAUCCACACAGGAGAGAAACCUUACAUAUGCCUCGACUGUGGCAAGCGGUUCAACGACAAGUCAAAUCUAACUCAGCACCAGCGCAUCCAUACAGGAGAGAAGCCCUACGAGUGUAUCGAUUGUGGCAAGAGCUACAGCCGCAGCUCACACAAGAAGAAGCACCUGAAAGACUCCCCAGAAGAGCAGCAAGAUGCUUGCGUCCAGGGGGAUGUUGCUGACCCCAGCAGCAUGGGCGAGAAGCCCAAGGCAAAACAGAAAGCAGAAGUGCUGAAUACCUGUACGGAAUGCUUGCGGAGCUUCAGCCACAAUGCUGACCUCAUCAAACACAUGCGCAUCCACACCGGGGAGAAACCCUACAAGUGCAACAUCUGUGAGAAAAGCUUCAAUGUCAGCUCCAACCUCUUUAGACACCAGAGAAUCCACACGGGUGAGAAGCCCUAUGUGUGCUCCGAGUGUGGGAAUUGCUUCACUGACAAAUCAACCCUGGUCCAGCACCACCGGAUCCACACUGGGGAGAAACCUUAUGCAUGCCGGUUCUGUGGCAAAUGUUUCAGCCACAGUUCCCAUCAUAAGAGACAUGAGAAGAUUCACAACAGAGAGAAUCCCUUAUUUGCCUAUCCCAUCCCAUUCCCGUCACCUCCACAGAGAGCCGCAGGGCUGGAAGAGGCACAGUGUUGGUCAGGGGGAGCUGAGUCUUUGGUGGCCACAGCUGGGAUGCCUCCCAAGAAGAGCAAAAUCAUUCCCAGUAGAAAGAACUUAGUGGGCAAGCAUGCCGGAGGAGAGAGGAAGAGAAAGAACACGUACAAGUCAGAAUGGCCGUGCCGCAGCCCUCUGCCGGAGGAGCAAGACCUGGGCCGGAAGGCAGCAGUGGUAGCUGAGCAAAAAGAGGUGCCGUGCCCACGGCAAGCCGCUUCCACCAAGGGGAUGCGCUCCAACCUGUGCUCGGAGUGUGGGAAGAGCUUCCUGCACAGUUCGGAUCUGGUGAACCACCAGCGCAUUCACAGUGGGGACAAGCCCUUUGUAUGUACGGAGUGUGGGCGGAGCUUCCGGCAGAGCUCCACGCUGAUCACCCACCAGCGCAUCCACACCGGCGAAGCGCCUUAUGCAUGCGGCUACUGUGGCAAGCGCUUCCGCGUCAGCUCCAACUUUGUCCGGCAUCGGCGCAUCCACACCGGAGAGAAGCCGUAUUCAUGUUCCAUUUGUGCCAAGAACUUCACAGACAAGUCCACGCUGACCCAGCAUCAGCGCACGCACACCGGGGAGAAACCGUAUCGCUGUGCCGACUGUGGCAAAAGCUUCAGCCGCAGUUCCCAUCAUAAACGGCACCUGCGCCACCCACCCACCCGCGGCCACCCCCACUGUGCCCACCGGCCACUUCUACCUCCUGAUGGCAGCAAUGACAAAGCCGCCACCAUCAAGGAAGCGAGGGCCAAGAAGUGGGCAUUUGUGGCUCCCGCCACUGAGCCAGUCACAGAGGUCCCCAACACAUGCGCCAUGUGCUGGCAGAGUUUCAGCCAGAACUCAGACCUGGUCAAGCACAUGCGCAUCCACACGGGGGAGAAGCCAUUCUGCUGCAGUGCCUGUGGCAAACGUUUCAGCGUCAGCUCCAACCUCACGCGACACCAGCGCAUCCACACGGGAGAGAAGCCCUACGCUUGUGACACCUGUGGCAAGCGCUUCACGGACAAGUCGACGCUGACACAGCACCAGCGAACGCACACGGGCGAGAAGCCCUAUGUGUGCGUUUACUGUGGCAAGAGCUUCAGCCGCAGCUCCCAUCACAAGAGGCAUGAGCGCACGCACGCCUCGAGCACCGUCCUUCCCCUCUGGCACUACCCCUGCUCAGAGGCUUUCUAGCACCGGCACAGGAACAGCCAGCCAGCAAAGGUGGGCAACCGCAGUGGUGAAGACAGGCCCAAGCACACAGCUACGAAGCGCCAGAAAAACACUGCACCUACCGUCUUCACUAAGCCUAGAAGACCAGCAGUGGAUUAUGGGAGUUCUGGCAGCAGUAGAUAUCCUCAACUUUUGUCACUGGGUUAUGAACUGUAGGGAGAAAAGAUGCCCUCUUGCUUUUCCCCUUUCUUAAUUUAUUCAUUUUUCAAUUUCAUCCAUGAAGAUUAGCUUCUAAAAUGUAUAUUUCUGGCACAGAUCUUGUCAGUGUGGAACUGUACGUGAAAUGCUGCAAGGACAGGCUUCCCUGGUCUGCAGAUGGAGACGGGGUCUGCCCCACAUGACAGCCCAUUGGGGGUCACUAGCCGCGAGACUUGUCGUAUUGUCUGAACUAGCCCACAUCCCACAGUGUAGUUUAUUUUUUGGCAACAAGCCAGCCUGGCAGCCCAUGGACUGCUCUAGAGAUUGUCUGACCCACAAUGGAUGUUCAUGUUGUGUGAACCUCCUGAGCAAGAGCGGCAAACCCCUCUUGCUGCUCUUUGCAAUUUUGCUUGAGCUGCCACCACUGCAUUGAUGAGCAAGUGGCACUUUGGAGCAGAUUCGCCUCUUCUUCUUCUUUUCAGCCCCAGAAAUAUGCACAAACGUAUUUAUGAUUUUCUUUGUAAAUGUUGUCAGUCUUUUGGAGGUGCACAAAUACUAUAGAAGUGCGUGCUCCAAAAAGGAUCCCUGAGAAGGCCAGGGUAGUUUGUAUCUCUGCUUUCUGGAGGAGCUAGAGCCUCAGGGAAGUGCUGGAAAUGGGAAGAACCCUGACAUCUGUCAGUUCAGCACUUAAAAUCAAGAAGAUCACAUUGACAGGGCUGUGAUCUUGUUCCCAUUCCUAUUGGGUGCACCUAUGUUUGCUGCUUCCCCCAUUUACUAGUUCUUUUCAAUUAACGGCUAGGGAAUCAAUGCGACUUUGUGCAAAUUUACCUAUAAGCAGCCUCACCUUGUCCAUCGGUCACCUGUUAUACUUCCCCACUCCCUGUGACAGCUGAAGCAGACAAGAAAAUUGACCAGGAAAGGCUUCACUUACCAGACAGCUGUAAGUGCGCCUCUCUACACUUGCAAAA